AUGAACUUAUCCAACUUCUUCAACUCUUUGCUAGUGGUUAUCCUUAUUCAGGGCGAAGCUUUACAUGUCCAAUCCUUCGAUUGCAAAAAGGAAAUCUAUAUUUCAGGCUACGAUCAGGCUUACUGUGCAAUCUAUGGCCUUGAUAAACCGCGGUAUCAUCCCCCACCCCAACAAAAGAAACCUGGUCCUCUUCUACCUGAUCCUAAACCUGAUCCUCAACCUGAUCCUCCUGGCCCACCAAGUCAUGAUGGAUAUAGCAUCGUAAAACCAACAGUGAGCAAUACUGGGGAUAACAGCUGCCGAUCAGGCGAGCCAACGUGCUGCGGUUCGAAUGUCAAAGUCAACACCUUUGUCCGAAUGGACGUUUAUGAAAACAAUUGUCAGCCUCAGACAUAGGCUUGAAGAUAUGUCGGCCAAGCGAAAGAUGUGAUCCUUAUCUCCAGAGAACCCUGC